GGAGCCUGGCUGCCAGGAGGGUGAGGUACCAUUUCAGCAUCUCUCCUGAGCCAGCGAGGGAGUUGUGCACUUGCCAUUGCUGGGGACUGAAACAUGCUUAAAAUGAUUAAGGACAGAAGUCGCGCAAUUUAAAAGAAAUUCGGCCAGAAAUGGAUUCAAGAUGAUGGAGAGAGUUAAACUUCUUCCUUGACGCCCAGGACGAGUGGGAUUGUUGCUUUUUUUCAGGCUGAAGUCUGCCUCAUGAAUCAACCUGCUUGACUGCCCCUCUGCACCGCCAGCAUGCCAGUCCUGGACCGAGAGCCCUCCAAAGAUUUAGGGGGCGGAGAUGGUCUGCCGAAGCUGCCGCUCCCCACCCUGAAAGAAACACUGGACACUUACCUGAGGUGCAUGAAGCACCUGCUCACAGAGGAACAGUUUAAUAAGACCCAAAAUAUGGUGAAGCAGUUUGGAGCCCCUGAAGGAGUGGGGGAACUACUACAGAGCAAACUCGUGGAGAGGAGGGAAAACAAGGCAAACUGGGUGUAUGACUACUGGCUGAAUGACAUGUACCUGAACAACAGACUGGCUCUGCCCGUCAACUCCAGUCCUGCGAUGGUCUUCCCACAGCAGAACUUCAGGGCUCCCAUCGACUCUUUAAGGUUUGCUGCACAUUUAAUUUCUGGAGUUUUGGAGUACAAAACUCUUCUUGAUGCACGUGCCCUGCCUAUGGACUAUGCCCGGGGCCAGCUGGCUGGAACCCCUAUGUGUAUGGAGCAGUACUAUCGCCUCUUCACUUCCUACCGCCUACCGGGGCCUGAGAGGGACACACUAGUGGCCCAGGAGAGCAGCGUGAUGCCAGAACCAGAACACAUCAUUGUGGCUUGCAAAAACCAGUUCUUUGUGUUGGACGUGGUGAUCAACUUCCGCCGACUGAAUGAAAGAGAUCUGUUGACUCAGCUGGAGAAGAUUGCCAAGAUGGCUGCCAGUGAAGAGGAACAGCUCCCACCUAUAGGUCUUCUCACUUCAGAUGGACGGACAGAGUGGGCAGAAUCUCGCAGUGUGCUAAUGAGAGAGUCUACUAACAGGGACUCUUUGGACAUGAUCGAGCGUUGUCUGUGCCUGGUAUGUCUGGAUGACACCAGUGGUCCUGAGCUCAGUGACACCACACGCGCCAUGUUGAUGCUGCACGGAGGAGGAGUGGCCAAGAAUGGUGGCAACCGCUGGUACGACAAGCCCAUGCAGUUUGUCGUAGGAGCUGGCGGCUGCUGUGGAGUCGUAUGUGAGCACUCGCCGUUUGAAGGAAUCGUCCUCGUGCAGUGCACAGAGUAUCUACUCAAAUACAUGAUUGGCAGCCCAUCAAAGCUGGUCAGAGCUGCAAGUGUGAGCGAGCUGCCUGCACCACGCAGACUCCGCUGGAAAUGCACUCCAGAGAUUCACAAGCUCCUCGCCUCCUCUGCUGACAAACUCCAGAGGCUGGUGAGAAAUCUGGACAUGAAUGUCCACAAAUUCUACGAUUAUGGGAAGGAGUUCAUCAAGAAGCAGAAAAUGAGUCCAGACGCCUAUAUCCAGGUUGCUCUUCAGUUGGCCUACUACCGAUGUCAUGGUAGACCGGUGUCAACCUAUGAGAGCGCUUCCAUACGACGUUUUCAGGAAGGCAGAGUGGACAACAUCCGCUCUGCCACACCCGAAGCCCUGGCCUUUGUCAAAGCAAUGACUGAUGGGAUGCUCAGCACAAGCGACACAGAAAAGAUGGAGAUGUUACAUGGUGCCAUUACAGCACAGACAAAGUAUACUAUUCUGGCUAUUACAGGGAUGGCAAUAGACAAUCACCUACUAGGACUUCGUGAAAUUGCACGUGAACUGAAGAUAGAGAAGCCGGGGAUAUUUAAAGACGACGCCUAUCUCAUCAGUAAUCAGUUCAUUCUCUCUACAAGUCAGGUCCCGACUACCGUUGAGAUGUUCUGCUGCUACGGACCCGUGGUUCCAAAUGGAUAUGGAGCGUGCUACAAUCCUCAGUCAGACCACAUUAUCUUCUCUGUGUCCAGUUUCCGCGAGAGCCCACAGACAUGUUCAGCAGAAUUAGUCAAGUGUCUGGUGCAGGGACUCCUGGACAUGAGGGAUCUGUGCAAUAAAUGCAACUGCGGCUCCAAUCCAGCCGAGCAAAGAAAGGCUAAGACACUGGAGACGCACACACAAACGGAAACAAACUGGCAAAAUAAAACCCCUCAGAGAUCGUCUGACUUGACCAGGAAUCAGCAAACACUGCCACAGGUUAUGGUGAAGACGCCAGACCAAACUAAAGUGGAGGCUCAAACCCAGACUUCAUUCACAGGAAGAGGCACAAGCUUUGAAGACCGGAAGUAA